UCAAAUUCCCUGUGUGAAUAGUUAUUCACUACAGUCACUUGUGUUUCURRGCAAAAUUUCACACUAAUCCUCGAACGAGAAAAACCUAAUAAGAGCUUUUGGAUAAUGCGUGCUUUUGUCAUUUUCUGUACGUGGUUAUGKGGAAUAGCAUAUUCAGCUCAGCUUCCUCCUCCGGAUCCGAGCAACACUGGGUCAUUCGACCUUAUUGUACAGGCUAACUUAGAGCUUAAACCAAAUGUUAAUCAGUCAAGACCACCUCUUCCUGGCAAUGUAUUCGAAGCAGAUCUUGUGCUCACUAAAGAACAAAGAAGAAACAUCGAUAUAUAUGGCAGUGUAUCAAGAGCAGCUAGUGGAGACACUAAAAUCCGAUGGCCUAAUGGAGUUAUUCCAUAUGAAAUAGAUUGCAGCCUGCAAAGAAUGCCAAAUGCAAUAGAUGCCAUCAAGAAAGCCAUGCAAGAAUGGGAGUCAAAAACCUGUAUACGAUUUGUACAACGAAAUGGACAAAAGGAUUAUCUCUGGUUCUUUAGGAACAAGGGGUGUUGGAGUAAUGUGGGGCGCAUAGGAAACAAAAAUUCGCUGUCUGUCGGUGAUGGUUGUGAGUUCCAACACGUCAUGGUGCACGAAAUUGGUCACGCUAUAGGCUUUUGGCACGAGCAAAGUCGACCGGAUCGUGACAGUUACGUCAGAGUUAACAAGGCAAAUAUUAUUCCAGGAUUCGAGAGUGCUUUUGAGAAGUAUGGACGAGGUAAGAUCGAUUCGUUAAAUGUGCCUUACGACUACGAAUCGAUUAUGCACUAUCCAUUCAGUGCCUUCUCCAAAAAUGGGAAACCAACACUAACAGCUUUGCGGCCUUUGAAUGGGAAGACUCCUUACAGAAAAUUAAGCGCACUGGACGCUCUGCAGGCAAAUAAGAUGUAUAACAAUUGUGGGAGAAAGCUUGUUCCCGAACCAUACAAACGACGAAAACGCUACGUUGUCAAGAGAGCUCGACGAGCGGUUUGUAGAGAUUAUAACGUCUACUGUUCAACAUAUGCCAGACAGGGACAGUGCAGGUACAAUCCUCGUUACAUGAGAUCAAUGUGCAAAAGAAGCUGUGGGUGGUGUUCAGUAAGACCAACUCCUUGCCGGGACAGAAACCUAUCAUGUAGGCGAUGGGCAAGACAAGGAGAAUGUUGGAGAAAUCCUAGAUAUAUGCACGUGUAUUGCAAGCUUAGCUGCAGGAAAUGUACGGUUCGACCCAGACCACCAACUCCCAGACCCAGACCUCCAACACAAAGACCCAGACCUCCAACACAAAGACCCAGACCUCCAACACAAAGACCCAGACCUCCAACUCCGCGACCAAAACCACCUACAAAGCGGCCCAAACCUCCAACUCAGCGUCCUAAACCACCGGUCAAACCUGGUCAGUGUGGUGUACGGCAUUAUGGGCGUUUUCCUGGUAAAAUAGUUGACGGACAGACAGCAGUUAAGAACAGUUGGCCUUGGCAGGUACAAAUCCUAACUCGCUAUGGUACCCAUCAUUGUGGUGGUUCGUUACUGAAUGCUCAGUGGGUCUUGACAGCAGCGCACUGCGUUGGAGGAAGCAGCAAAGACAAGGGUUAUCGCAUAAAGCUCGGUGAACAUCACAUUCAUAGAAACGAUAAGACAGAGCAACAGUUCUCCGUUUCACAAAUUAUUGUACAUCCUAGAUACGAUAGACAACAAUACAACAACGAUAUAGCUCUUUUAAAGCUAAGUCGUCCAGCUAGUCUAAACAAAGCGGUGAACACAAUUUGCCUCCCUUCUCAUGGUGUUAGCGUACGACCUGGAAAAACCUGCUACAUCACUGGCUGGGGAAGGACUGGGUCCUUGAAACCAGGGUCUGUCGUCCUUCAAGAAGCUAUGAUGCCUUCGGUUACCCAAAAGAAAUGUGCGGAAGCAAUGGGAAAGUAUGGAACAAUAACAACCUCCAUGCUUUGUGCUGGGUAUGGUGGAAGCAGCACGGUCAGCGGAUGCAUGGGUGACUCGGGAGGACCCCUCGUUUGUAAAGGAACUAAUAAUAAGUGGGUACUACAAGGGGCAGUCAGCUGGGGAACCAGAACUUGCAGUGCUGGCUACAAUCAAUACACUGUAUUUGCAAGAAUUAGCGAGUUUGUGAACUGGAUUCGUUUAUACAUUGGUUCUGGUGUACCACAAACCCCGCCACCCCCUGUAACACCGCCUACAGCAGGACCAGAGGUCACUCCACCCCCGCCCGUUACCCCUCCUACAGAUACUUCAACACCAGCCACUCGUAAAAGCACCCCUUCAUCAGGWACAACGCCCGCAUUGACACCCUCACCUAAACCGUGCGURUCUCCUAAGCCUCUUGGAAUGCAAGACAAACGKAUUCCUGAUAGUGCGAUAUCAUCAUCCACACAGGUCAACAGAUGGCACAGUGCUCGUGAAGCUCGUUUACAUCACAAACCAGGUGUAACAGGGGUGGGAGCAUGGUGCUCUCGUGAUCUGGACACCAGGGAAUAUCUGGAAAUUKAUCUCGGGGCUAAGGUUACUGUUACUGGUGUUGCAACUCAAGGUAGAGAGAGUAAAACCCCAAAGUUCGUUAAAAGUUAUGUUUUAUUGUACAGUGAUGAUGGCAACUCGUGGAUUCAACACUCAACGGUAUUCACGGGGAAUAUAGAUAUGUCAACUGUGACAACUAAUUCAAUAUCUCCACCAAUCAGCGCUCAAUAUAUACGAAUUAAUCCUCAAACAUGGAAAAAUCAUAUCUGUAUGAGGGCUGAGUUGUAUGGAUGUCCAGUGAUUCCUACCACAGUUACUCCAACCACUACCAACGUUCCGACAUCUACAAGYCAACCAAAGACUAACACAACAGUUACACCAACCCACAAACACAAAUCUACCACCACCAAUUCAAAGACAACACAACCAACWCAAACUCCCCUGCCUUCUACUCCACCAACACAAACAUCACAACCACCCACAUCGCGGCGCACAGUACGUCCACAAAAUACUACYGACGCUCAACGAACAACACACACUAAUACACCCAAACCUACUACUGACUCACAGACAACACAACAACCUACACAACCUUCCUUACCUCCUACCCCACCAUUACCAACAACACUACCACCCACAGUAAAUCCAGGAAUCCAGACCAUUCCACCAAACCCAAUUGGUAUCAAAUGUAAAGACAGUCAUGGAAAUUGUGCUACUUGGGCAAAGGAGGGAAGGUGCUCCACCGACGACUAUGUUAAAAGGAAUUGCUUGAAAAGCUGUAAAUCAAAAUACUGCGAUAAUGAGCCCGUGAGACCUUUUGCUCCAUGCUCGAAUCGUCUUGGAUUAGGAUGGGACAACAGACUACCUGACUCGGCUUUCACUGCCUCAUCAGAACUUAACAUCGGAUCCUGGGAUUACGGCGCCCGCAAUGCACGAAUGUACAUUGAAGACGAUCACACUCAGAAGCGAGUUGGAGCCUGGUGCGCUGCAUCUAGUAAAGACCAAUGGCUUCAGGUGGACUUGGGAACUAAGACUUACAUCACAUCUGUAGCAACUCAAGGUCGACACAAAUACUUCGAGCACGUCAAAACGUUUAAAUUGUCUCACAGUAUUGAUGAAACUAACUGGGUGUAUGUCCAAGACGGCGCUGGAUCCGAAAAGGUGUUUACGGGUAACUGUGACCACUUCACUCCAGUAAUUAACAGACUACAAGGAGCUGUACAAGCUCGUUACGUCAGGUUUCAYCCUGUGGAAGCGAACUACGUAUGCAUGCGUGUAGAAAUCUAUGGUUGUACAUGAACAGUGUAAAAAAUUGAUAUAAACAUGAUUUUAAUAGUGGGGUUUUACUAAUAAAUGAUCUUUUAAUAAAA